AUGAAAAAGGUGACCCAGGAAUUGAAGAACAAGCUGAUAGAGGAGACGAUGGGGGACUGCUUGAUGGAGGGGGGCAACUGCUGUCUCGUGUUGGAGAUGAAGAUGGAAGUGAAAGGGGCAUGCUGGUCAGCAUUGCAAGCAGCGGAGUUUGAAAGACUUAAGAUAGCAGUCUUGUGGAUUCGACAAAUGUCACGUGCCAAACAUGAUGAAAGAGUGACAAAAGACAAAAAAUGCAAUAACUAUUGGUCAGGCCCUUUCUACAUCAAUCAUGUGGUUUUUCACUCCUAUCAUGCUUUCUGUGAAGAUGUGCCUGAUGAAGAUGGCAAGGACAAUAUGGUUGCCAUCCGUGGAGUGCAUUGGAAGGAGAAUGAUCAAACGACAGUUCUUCUUGAAGAAAUCAUCGACUCACCCAGGCCAGUCACUGGCAGUACUUCCCAUGUCAAAGAAGAAAUAAUGGAUGUUGAUAUUGAGGCUGAGAGUAGUGCUAGUGAUAAUGAGGCCAACAGUGACAGCAAUGGCAUGACUCAAGAUUACAGCAUCGAGCUGAGACUUGCCCCCAGCAUAGAUGAGGCUAGACAUGCCUACAUGGACCUGCGGGCAUUGCUGAAACCACCCUGUUCAGAUGGAGUUGGUUAUAAGGACCCACCAAAGUUAGAUACUGUCCUGAAAGAAAGAGUGACAGUAGGCCACAUCCUGCAAAUCCAGUUGGUGGGCAUUGGAUGUGUGCUGCAGAUCAAGCGGCACGCAAUACUGGAAAAGCACAUGGCGGCCUCAAAUUUUUCACGCAUUUACGACGAGUCCCUCGCUGCAGAUUUGAAGCUCCACCUUCAGAGUGUUGGGAAAUAUGUGUGUGCACAGGAUCUUAUUGACUACCUGAAUGUUCCUGAAAAUCAGGCACAUCACGGUUUCACAAAAACGAUCUCACCACAGACAGCUCAACGAUGGAUGAAUCACCUUGGUUACCAUUGGAAGAAAGAACCGAAGGGGCAGUAUUCUGAUGGACAUGAGCAGGAAGAUGUUGUCUAUUUUCGGCAAAAUACAUGGAUGACAAAGUGGAAGCGGGAGGGAGACAUUACUGUUGAGGACAUUGAGACCGAUGGUACAACUCUGUCAAGUUGUCGGGUCAUAGUGUGGUUUCAUGAUGAGUCAACCUUUUAUGCCCAUGAUCAACGGAAGCAAAGAUGGGUGCAUAGUUCCGAAGGUGCAAUCCCUCAACCGAAAGGGGAAGGAGCGUCAUUGAUGGUUGCCGAUUUUGUCUCCGCAGACUAUGGGUGGCUCUGUUCUCCAGAUGCAAUGGACAUCCUAGAGAAGUGGUAUUCACAUGAAGACCAUGUUCUAGUUUUCGAUAACGCAACCACGCACCUCAAACAAGCUGAGGAUGCCCUUUCUGCUCAAAAGAUGCCAAAGGCCCUUCUGCAACUUGGGGGGUACCCAGGACACUCAAGGACACCAAUGGUAACACUAUUCUCAGGCCUGAUGGAAAGUUAUUGA